AUGGCUGAAGAAUUAAAACAAGAUUCUAGAAAAAUGAAUUCACUAUGUAAGAUUCCUGCUUUUCAUCUCCCAAUCAGCCAAUAUUAUCAAGAUAAUAGCUGCUACUAUCAAAGCAAACUUUUUCAUCUUAUUGAUAAAGAUGAUUAUGACUGAACUGACUGGGUUAUUUUUGAUACUGAAAGCGGAAGAGAGCAAUUAAAAGCACCAGAUGCUCUGCAAUUAUUAGACUGAGGUGCAUGCAUAACCCAGCUUCCAAAUGGCGAAUUAUUCUGUUUUGGAAGAUAUAUCCUCCAUCAGAUUUUCUCUUAUUAUUAA